AUAUAAACAAGGAGAAAAGGAAGAGCUAAUUUAUUUAGAUCGAAAUGUUAAAAAAAUCAUAGAAAGUUCUUUUGUAGCCUAGAUUUAGCCGUAGCCAAAGAAAAUGAGACUGCAUCUUGUUAUUAUAACUUGCUUGUAUAUGUGCUUAGAGGUUGUAACGGAGGAUUUGUAUGAUACAUUAGGUGUUUCCAGGAGUGCGUCCAGCCAAGAAAUAAAAAAGGCUUACAAAACCCUAGCGAAAGAAUGGCAUCCAGAUAAAAGUAAGGAUCCUUUAGCCACUGAUAAAUUUACUAAAAUAAAUGAGGCUUAUGAGACACUGAGUGAUCCAGAAAAGAGAUCCAACUAUGAUAAAUUUGGAUACACUUCUGCUCAAGAGCAGCAGAGGCCGUCCCAGCACACAUUUCACAGUUUUGAAGAAUUUUUCAGUGGAGGUUUUGGGCCUUUUGGAUUUGGUGGCCGUGAGAGCAUUAACAUGGAGAAAUAUCUUACAAAUAUUCGCCAUUUUGAAACAAAACUUCAGCCAGAAUCAAACCAGAGGCCUUGUUUUGUCUAUGGCUUUUCAGACUUCUGCUUCAGCUGUAUGAGGAUAGAGUCGACUGUGUACAAGUUUAUGACAGAACUGGAGAAUGUGGGUUUGUGUGUCAUUGCCGUACAUUUGAGGCGGUCGUCUGGCCUGGCCAGCCACUUACGAAUACAUAAUGCUCCAAGUAUACUUGGUGUGGUGUCGGGUAGGAUGACUUUUUACAAACAGAAUGAAAUCUCUUUUGACCAUUUGAAAGAUUUUGUCCGCAGUCUUUUCCCAGCUGAUACCAUUAUCAAAGUUACUGACGACUCAUUUGAGAAUUUUAUUCAAGGCUGGAAGAACAAUAAGGUGUGUGCCAUUUUCUUCAGCUCACGCACAGAACCCUCUCUUAGGUUUCUAGCACCUGCAUUCUUUUAUCGAGACAGAAUAUCAUUUGGCUAUGUGUCCACUGGUGCACCUGAAUCCCAGAACCUUGUAAAGAGAUUCAACAUCAACAAGCACAGAGAAACCUUGAUGCUGUGGAAUGAAGUCACAGAGUCCCCUCUUGCAUCUUUAGUGAUGCAGCAGUUUUCUCGCUCCACAAUAGAUGAGGUUUUGUCAACCAACAAGUACUUGAUUCUGCCCCGCCUCUCCUCACAGGCUGUAUUCGAUGAGCUUUGUCCAGAAGAGCCGAAGCUUAAGAAAAGAAAACUCUGUGUUGCACUUAUAACUCAAACAAUUGCUGAGCAUGACAUAGCCAGGACAACUUUCAGAGAGUUUGCUCAGAGCGCCAACACACAGAAUGGCAGAGUCAGAUUUGUCUACAUUUAUGCAGAUGUUCAGAAAAAUUUUGUUAAUGCCUUGACCAAAGGAAAUCACACACGAGCUGCACCUGUAGUUGAAGUGGUCAUCAUAUGGAGGAUAGACACACGGAGGUUGAGCUACGAGUUUCUUGAGGAAGGCUGGAGCAUUGAUCCUAAUGCUGUUCCUCUCUCCAGAAAGAAGCUGGAGGAAAAGUUGACAGAGAUACUGACUGGAGAUGAUCUAUUGCCCUACAAGACUGUGGUGCCUGAUGUUUACAAUGAGCAUAUGCUGAGUUUAAUAGCGAGAAUAUUUCUCAAAUUAUUCGACUGGUAUGACAGAAUUUUCUACUACUGCGUCAGUUAUGAUGGCAUGACAGUACUGACAGCUGUUGCAGCGAUAGCUCUGAUUGGAGUCAUGUCCUACAGCAUGAAAAAGUUGGCUCUUGUUGAAGCAGAAGAAAUCAAGAAAAGAAAAAUGCCAAGAAAAAGUAAUCAAACUAGACCACCUUCCUGCUCGCCAGAUAAUCAAACUAUUCAUGUGUAUGAACUGAAAUAUGAAACAUUUCAAAACCUGGUCUCCGAGGCAGACACUGGAUUGACUAUAACUGUACUUGUGGAUGAGCACACUAAAGAUAAAUUGCUCCAUAAGUUUGCAGAGAUCAUGCAGCCUUAUUCCAGAUACAAUGCUUUGACAUUUGCCUUUCUUCAACUAGAGUAUUACCUAGAGUGGUAUCGACAUUUACUAGAGCUUAGCAUGGACUUUAAGGUCACCCUUAAGUCUAUAAACAACCGCAACUGUGUAGGCACUGUACUGGCCAUCAACGGCUACAGAAAGUAUUACUAUAUAUAUCACCCUAAAAGAGCUAGAAGAUGGAUGAGACAUGAGCAUGGAAGUGCCAUAACAAAAGCUGUGGGCUUUGGAGACUCUGACUCCUCGUCCUCAGAAGAUGAAGGGAAAUCCAUGGAAGAAAAAGUUAUAUUUGAAGAGGAAACCCUAGCUGGUCUGAAUAUCUGGAUGGAUCGGGUAUUUGACGGGUCUGUCAAAAAAGUUCGACUGAACUAUUGGCCUGAAAUGUCCAAAUAAAUGUGUUCAAUUUCAUUCAUCUAUUAGUUCUAUAAAUAGAGUUUAAUUUCUUAGUGUAGUCCAUUAAAUAAUAAUCUUAAACAAUUAUCGUUUUCUUGGAGAAGUCAACCAUGACAAGAGUCAUGGUUGACUUCUCCAAGAAAACAUUAAUUGGCACAAUGGCACAAUUAAUUUUGGUUUUAUGGUAUUUCAAGUAUUGAAAUACUAAGAGAUUUAGAAAUGAGAAUACUUUAUGCUACAGAAACAUUACUCAUCCUAAAGAUAAGCUUUUUGUUAGUAAUUGAAUGUUUUCUUACAGUAUUUAAAUCUAUCAGAUGCACUUAUGUGGGCAAUGAUGUGUAUAUAUAUAUAAUCAUUUCUGGCGUUGUGAUUAUUUUCUCUCAAUUUUUAUAAUAAGAUCUGAUAACACUGAGGUGAUAAAGAGUGAAGGAAUUAUAGUCUGCCAUUUCCUGUUGAUGUGGUAUUGUUAGGUCAGUGACAUUAAUUAGGUGAAAGUGAUUUAUGUUCUUUUGAUUUCCCCUGUCAUGUUUAGAUUAUUUGGAACAAAAUGUUUUAAAUUUAACUUGUACAGUCUACCUUAGCUUUGGUAAAUAGACACCAUCAAAAUCUUAGUAAAUAAUAAUAGUAAUAUAGUUUUUUUAUUUAUUUAAAUUUCAUAAUUCCAUUUUAAAGCAGCUAUCUAAAUAAAAAAACAACACUAUAUUAGUGUAGCUACCAUACAAUAUAAUGCCUGAUCACUAUAUUACUAUGAUGCUGUUUCAAUAACUAAGCUCAUUCCUGGGACUAUUCAUUCCCAUAAUUCCAAAGACAAGCUUUUGUUAGUAAUGAUUCAAGUUUGGUAAUAUUUAAGGACUUGUAAUAAUUUUUAAUCUCUCUUGACAUGAUCAAAUUCGCUUUCAAGUUAAUAUAAUUCCCAGUGUUAGGGUUAGACAAUAUUUCUGUGUUCAUCUACACAUUACAAUGUCCAACUUGUGUAGGCAAAUAGUUUAUCAAAUUUGAAAGAAGCUAGUGAUUUCACAAAGUUUGAAGAUGAAUAUUUAUAUUUUAAAGCAAAUGAAAUCCUUAUUCUAGUAACCAUGCACCAAUAUGUUCAUAUGUAGAUACCCAUGUCUUGAUAAUUACUUUUCAGGGUGAAUAUAUGUGUUAUAAUAAAUUAUUGGUUUAAUUGUUUAUGAAACAAUAUCUCUAGAUAUGGUUCACUUUUAAAUGUCUUUUCUCAUCACAUUUUUAAUGUUGCUUUUAAUUUGUACCGAACACUCAGCAUUGACUCUGCUCCUAUUUAAGCCCUCUUGAACAUUGUGACUAGACAGGUGCUAAGACAAAGGUCCUGGGUUAAGAUUUUUAGGAUGGAUUUGAAAACAUAUUUUUAGUUAGCCUUAAAGUGCACAGGAACAAUCAUCUUUUUGGGGAAAUCAAAGGCAUUAAAUGUAGGGGACCACAUCAUUCCCUUUGCAAAGUGUAGACUUGAUUCCCACUUGUCUGUGUUCAGAUCUCAGUGAAUAAAGUGGUUUAUAUUUAUUUGCAAUUAUUUAUUGAUAAAUUAGAUCUAGGGUCUUUCCCAACUGUUCAUUAUGUGCGGUUGUAGUCUGAAUGUUAUUUUGUUUAUUGGGAUAUUAGCUAGUAGUUCAUUGUAACUGUUGGAACAUUGCUUUGGUUUGUGAUCAAAUUUUUAUAAAAGUUGUGCUUGAUGAGUUGGAGUUUUGAACUGUGUGGUUUUCUCCUUAUAACAUAUAUGAUAAGGGAGAUAAAAAGUGUUAUUUGUAUUUUUUGCCAUAGUUUGAGGAUAAUUAAAAAAUAAAUUAAAUAAAAGUGUUUAGGUUUAUGUUGUUUUUAUUUAUCAACAUUUCGUUGUUUCAUAUGGUUGACCAAUUUUGAGAAAGAUUUUUAUUUUCUUUCCUACAAAAGAGUUCCUAGUUUAACAUUGUUAUAGCUGCUUGACAUUGCAGACUAUUGCCACCUAACAAAAUAGUGAUAAUACUUUAGCCAUAAAUUAGUUUGGAAACCAAUGAUUAACAAUGUUAGACUGAGAUAAAUAUCAAAGGUAGUCUUAUCAUUUUGUUUAGUUUGACUAUGUCUACAGAUUUUAUUCGUUCUUAGCUUUACCAAACCCACAACUGAAUCACUUAGUUUAACAAUUCUUUUCACAAAAGAAAGAAUAAUGUAAUACAUAUCUCACAGCUAAAGAUAGAGAUUUCAUAUGCAGAAGGAACUUAUUAAGGCAAUCAACUUCUUGCACAAAAACUUUCUGGUAGGGUGUGGUGUUUUGGGAAGGAGCAGGAGAGAUGCUGUAGACUUUGAACCUCAAAUCCUUGAAUUAAUCAUUUUGUGUUUUUCUUUAUUCAUGAUCCUCAAAAAUCAUUAAAAGUUUUAUCAUUUCCAGCUAAUCUUUUUAUCUUGUCACUUUGCUUUUGUAUUCCUUUCUGUUUUGUUGUCAUUUUAUGUUGAUGUUUUUAUUUAAAGAAAAGGAAAAUGUGCAAUAUGUCUAUCAAUCAAAAAGUUGGUAAAAUAGUAACUUAUGUGAUUCUUUUGUACUUUUCUAGCUUGUGAGUGAGAAUAGCAAAUGCCUUUAAAAAAAUGGUGAGAAUAGACAAACACUGUAAAUGAAGAAAAUUAUGAGAAUGUAAUUUAAGAAACGUUUGUGUACACCUAGAUCUACUUGUGAUGUGUUUUCAUUGAAACUUUUUUUUAGACCAAAUAAAGACUUUGAAAAUA